CAACAAUGCAACACAUGACUAUACUUGGUUUACAAAAAACGCAAUGAGUCUGCUUAUCAUGUUUUAAACUACAUGACAAGGUCAUUUAUUCGAAAUUAACUAAUAUUUCGUGGCUUUUUGGUUAACACGUUGGAAGUAGCCACGUUGGCUUGAUAUACAUGGCUUACUUAUAAGAUAAGAAUCUUCGACUUGACCAAUCAUCAGUCGUAUGUUCGAUCAUCGCUUAUCUUCCCGCCAAACACGAGUGAUCUUUUCAGUAAAACGAUCAUCUGUUUCAAGAACAUCAGUAGUUUUCUUAAGAUUUUUUCAAUUUUUAUCUCAAUCAAAAUCUCAAAAAUUAUUAUAAUAAUUAUAAUUUAAUUCUCUGUGUUCUUAAAUUAUUAUAAUUCUUCGAUCAAGUGAAAAAUAUUUCUAAUUAGGAUGUGGAUGAUACUUGCAAGUGGCUUUUUAGCUAUUGCAUUAACAAAUGCGGAUAAUACAGCAAAUAUGGCUUUUGAUGCAACAAAUCCUUCCGAUGCGCUUCCUGGCUUCGAUGGAAAGGUUCCAACGGCGAAAGAACUUCUCGAAAUGCUCGAUUCGAUGAAUGGCUUAUCAGAUGAAGAAAAAUCGAGUCUUAGAGAAAAUUUAUUAAAGAAUCUUCAAGAAGAUCGUGUCCCUGAGGUGAUGUCUGGCAAUGAUUUGACAAUGCAAACUAUGGUUCUUUUAUCCUUAUUGGGCAUUGUUGCUCUCAUCUUUGUUUUCUUCGUUUACAAAUUGUUCAAAUGCUUAUCGGACAGAGAAACAAAACGACAAGAGAAGAAGAAGAAUAAACAAAUGAAGAAGAAAAAGUAAUGCAAGUGAUACAAAAAUAAAAAUAUGCAAUGUGUUAUAAAUCAUAGCGAUAUAUCUUGUUGUUACGCGAAUAAUCUUGUUGUAUUUUAUAUGAAAAAUAAUUUAUAAUUUACAAAAUAUUCUAUUUUGUUAAAUAAAAUAAUAUAUUUAUAAAUUAUAAAAGUGGAAAUUUAUUUAAAAGAGGGGGGGCGGGGGACAAUAUAUUUUGGCAAAAGGAUAUUUAUUGUGCCGUUUUGUGACAUACAUAACAUACGUCAAAAUACUAUAUAACAUGCAAUCAAAUCAACACAUUUUUGUGUGGACGUGUAAGUUUCUAUUUUUUUUAAUAUCAUUUUAUAUAAUGUCUAAAUUAAGAUAUACAGAUAUUUUUUUCUUAACACAUGUACAAUCCUAAUAAUUGUUACACGAUUCGUUCGAUUGAUAUAAACAAUAUGCGUUUUACAUCACAUUGAGGAUUGAGAUGUGCUACUAGUUCAAUUCACGUAGGAAUAUAUGUGAUUAGACAUAAAUUAUAGAAAAAGAUAUUAGCUAGUGUUAGCAAUAGUAUUAUAUCGUAAACAUCGAUAUAAUUUCAAUAAUUUGUAUAUAUUUAUUCAUAAUUCUGGAAUUCAUUUUUUGCAAAACUUCUAUCUUAUGAUUUAACAUUUGCUUGUAAGUUAUAAUACUUGGUAUGUUGUCCAUGAUUUACAAUAUUUAGGAAAAAUAUAUCUUCCUCUAGUUUGUACUGAAAUAGAAUUCUCUAUGAUAAAGUAAUUAUCAUUACUCUUGUCAAAAGUUUAUUAAAUAAAUUUUAACACUUUGUUAUGAACCAAAAAAAAAAAAAAA